UUUUUUUUUUUUUUUUUCCUCCCAACCUCCCAAGCAGAGAAAACCGAUUGGAAAAACUCUGCUACACCUUGACGCCUCGAUCCCCCUGGUACCACUGAUAUGCGACUGCUUCAGGGGGGGCAAUGCGCUCAUGCGCUCUUCUGCUAUUGUGCUCAUGCACUUUUUGUCGCUUCUAAAUUUGUUAUUCUAGUCAUUCUCGUUUUCGUACCUAACCUAUCGCCAUUCAGCGACACAGUUAGUACAAACAUACACCAAAUUUGUUAUUCUAAAAUUAAAUUUGUUAUUCUAGUCGUUCUCGUGUUCGUACCUAACCUAUCGCCAUUCAGCGACACAGUUAGCACAAACAUACACCAAAUUUGUUAUUCUAAUACCACCAGCAAGUACUUCGGAUCAUACUGAGUUUCUCCGAGGAACGGUGCCGUUUUAGCACUCCAGUUUUUCGCGCACGACUCGGAUAGUCCCCGACGGUGGAUCUACCCUACGCCGACAAAGACUUCCCCGGCAGUGGAACAUCUUCCGAAACCGUUUCUUCCCGGACAGUGUUACCAGUUUUAUUUUUCUGUUACAUGUUCGAUUUUAGCUUGUGAAUAUUCUACUAAUUUUAAUGUGCAUUUGUAGAGUUCUUCCAUCACUCAGGAGAAAUAAAGCCCUAGCAACCGGAGUGGUUGCAUACAUUAAGGUCAUUUCUGGCGACAAAUGACUGCAAGACAGGCAAACUGCUCCCUAGCAGGGACAUCAACAUGUAGCCGUCUUGCAUUAAAACCCGAUUCAGGAUGGCCAAUUAGGAUUAGUUUUCCUAGACACAAAUAAGCUAUGAAAACAGAAUAAAUACUGUUAACAAAAAUGGAAUCAGCCAAACAAAACACUGUUCCAGGAUUGACUGAUGGACCAAAACCAAUAAAUGAAACCUCGUCAUCCUGUGAUCGUAAAUUGUUAUUCUUUUGAGGAUAAGUGGCCACUUUUAUGUUUUGUGUUGUAAAUGUGAAUUCGUGUAGUUAUAUUUUAAUGUGCAUUUGAAAUGUUCUAUUUAUUUUUCGUAAUGAAAAAUAAAAUAGAGCAUUUAUAGGGUUCUAUCAUUGUUUGUCCGUAUUUUGGCACCCAACGCGGGCCAUUUAUUAUUAUAUUUUUUUUAUUUGUAACAAUGGCGCCCAACUGAAAAACCCACUGUGUUGUCCUUGUUGUAACACAGGCAUUGAAGACGCGAUUGCUUAUCCGUAGGUUAUUUUAGGAUUAGUUUUCUGGCGCCAAGUUUGGCGUUGAAUUCUCUCGUUUUCUGGCACCCAUGGUGCAGGAAGAGCAAUUCAGUACCGUUACCGUUACCGCUACCGUUAUUACCGUUACCGUUACCGUUUAAGCAACACUCGAUCUCCUUUCAGGAAUUUGAUUUGUUCGAUGUUGUGUAGAAUAGGUUAGAUUAAGCUAGUUUAGAAGUUAAUCAGCCUCUUCAUAGCCUUACCUACAUUCAACCCAACGAAAUUUUUGUGGAUGCUUUGCAAUCAUCCACAAAAAUUUCUUUCUCCGUUGGUGAAGGUUGUGUUACCAGUUUUAUUUUUCUGUUACAUGUUCGAUUUUAGCUUGUGAAUAUUCUACUAAUUUUAAUGUGCAUUUGUAGAGUUCUUCCAUCACUCAGGAGAAAUAAAGCCCUAGCAACCGGAGUGGUUGCUGUAGUAGGCUAAGAAAGUUGUAUAAAUCAGAGUAGGCACCUAUGAUAUUAGGAAUCAAUAAAUGUCACUUUUAAGCCUGAGCUCCAAGAAGCAACAAGUGGUUUUAUCAUUUCUACACUGGCGACGAAGGUGAACAAGGUGAAGGACGUUCAGCAUUCGGCGGAAAGAUUCAGCAGCAACGAUAUCAUCGUGAGUAGAAGUUUGGCCACCGGCCGGAGUAUUCAAGGGCACCGAUUUCAUAAGGAAGGAAUAGGAAGGAGUUGGCUACCGGCCGAAGCAUUCAGUAGCAGUGACUUGCAGUCUGGACGUUUGGCUUCUAUCGGGGAGAAACACUGCAGCAGCAGCAGAUCGGCAGCAGCAGCAGAUCCGCAGCAGCAGCUCAGCGGCGGCAGCACUCGGAAGUGAAUACGGACGAGAACCAACUAAAAGUCAGCGCUGUAGCAGAAUGGCAUCGUUUAAUUUUACAAUCAUUCCGUUUGUUGAGAAUGAUGUUGGUCCAACAAGCUCACGUUGGGAUCUGUGGAAAGAUCAGUUUCGUGCAUAUCUUGCGUUAAAAAACGUAACGGAUCAUGAUGAAAUGUACAAGGCUCUAAUGUGUUUUGGGGGACCGGACGUUCGUAAGAUUGCUCAGAAUGUACCUACCACAGUCAGCAAUAUAAUGGACAACCCGUACCGGAUCGCAAUGAAUGCUCUUGACAACUAUUACGCGCCUCGUAUGUCUUUGCGGUACGAGAGAUUCAAGUUCAGACAAAUGAUGUUUAACCCCAAUGAGAAACUAGAUCAAUUUGUUAUUCGACUGAGGUCCCAGGCUGCGCUUUGCAACUUCGAUGACCAACUGGAUCAAAUGUUGAUGGACCAGAUUGUUGUAGCUACACAAAAUGACGAUAAAUUGCGAGCAAAAUAUCUCGAGGCUGAUGUUUGUCUUGAUGAUAUGUUGAAAAUUGGUCGAACGCACGAGUCUGUAAAAUCUCAGGUACAAGAGUUUCGAGGCAAAUCCAUCGGGAUCGGCGAUUUGAACACUAUGCAGAGUGUCGAGAAACCUGCAGAUAAAUCAAAUCGAACUUGCUUCAGGUGCCUCGGUAAUCAUCUCUCUAAAGAUCCAGGAUGUCCAGCCCGUCUAUCGCGUUGCAACAAAUGCAAGUCAAAGGGACACUUUGCUCGGUGUUGUGAUCGUUUCAACAAAUUCGAAAAUCAACAACCCAGAUUCAAGAAAUCGAUGAGGCAAGAUGCUGGACGGUUUGACGGAAACUCUCGGUUUGAUAGGCGGCCAAAAUUUAUUCGUGAAGUCGAAGACGUUACUAAACCCGUAGAAAUUCGGGAACUUUUCCAUCUGAAUAGCAAGCGGUCUGUACAAGCAAAGGUAGGAGGUGUCAGUCUCAGGUUCAUCAUUGACACGGGGGCUGACGAAGACGUACUGAGUGAGACUGACUGGAAGACUAUGAAACAAGUUGGGUUCCAAGCAUUCGGUGCUCGCAGAGGAAGCGACAAGAUUUUUCGAGCAUAUGGUUCGGAAAAACCUCUAGUUGUACUCGGAGAAGUUGAUGUAACAAUUGAAAUUGAAGACCAGUCCUGCCACACAACAUGUUACGUUAUCAAAGAUGGUAAAUGUUCUUUGCUGUCGGGUGACACUGCAGAAAAACUUGGUGUGGUAAAAUUCCUCAGAUCACUAUCGGAUGAUAAUUUACCUGCAAUCAAAGGUGAGUAAUGUUAUGCCUACUUUAUGAUUAUCACUGAAAUACGACUUGAAAUAAAUACUUAAAAAUCUAGAUAUGUGCGCAACGAUAAAAAUUGACAAAAGUGUUCCACCUGUUCAACAAUCUUAUCGGCGAAUCCCUGUUCCAUUGGAAGAAUUAACUCUUUUAAAGCUCAAAGAGUUAGAAAAACAAGACAUUAUAGAGCGUGUCCGAGAUGCAUCUGAAUGGGUGUCUCCAAUGAUUGUUAAACGGAAAAGUGCAACCGAAGUUAGAAUCAUUAUCGAUCUUCGUGAAGCCAACAAAGCUAUUAUAAGAGAGAUUCACCCUCUUCCAACAUUGGAGCAAAUGAUUUGCCGACUCCGAGGAAGUAAGGUGUUUACCAAACUUGAUAUUAAGCAAGCAUUCCACCAACUUAAAUUGCAUGAAGAUUGCCGAUACAUUACUACGUUUAUCUCACCUUUGGGCCUUAUGAGAUAUAAAAGGUUAGUUUUUGGCUUGUCGGCAGCACCUGAGUUGUUCCAAAAGUGCAUGGAAGCAAUUUUAGGAGAAUUUCCAUGGAUGAUUGUUUUCAUAGACGAUAUUUUGAUUCAUGCUCCUGAUAUACAAACAUUGAAGGUAUUUUCUUUAAUAUUAGCAUUUGCUUCUUAAUAUUAGAUAUUAAAUUUCAGAUGAGAACUGCUAUUGUAAAAAGUCGACUGGCUGAAAGGAACAUAGCUUUAAAUGACUCUAAAACAGUAGAAUGUGUCACACAAACAGAUUUCCUCGGUUUUAACUUAUCAGCGAAUGGUGUUCGUAUUUCACAAGAUAAGUUACAAGCAAUCAAAGAUUUUCGUCUACCGCAGUCCGCCGAAGAAGUCCGUAGCUUUCUAGGCUUGGUGACCUUUGUAAGCCGUCACAUUCCGAAUAUGUCAACCAUUGCCAAUCCGUUAGUAACUCUGACGAAGAAAGGCACAACCUUCAAUUGGACAAUAACACAUCAAAAAGCGUUUGAACUAUUGAAAAAUAGUUUACUGAAGGAAGAGACCUUGGCUUAUUUCGACCCUGAUUUGGAGACAUUCGUAGUUGCUGAUGCCAGUCCAGUUGGAUUAGGUGCAGUCUUAUUUCAAAAAGCCAAAUCAGGAGAAUACAAUAUAAUCAGUUAUGCUUCAAAAAACGCUCUCGGAUGUCGAGAAACGAUACGCCCAAACAGAACGCGAAGCUCUAGCUUUGGUAUGGGCACCAGAGAAAUUUCAUUUCUAUUUAUAUGGAAAGUUUUUCUGGCUCAUAACUGAUCAUAAGCCAUUAGUAACAAUAUUCGGAGACCGUUCAAAGCCUUGCGCUAGGAUUGACAGGUGGAAGUUGCGAUUGAUGUCAUAUGACUACAAAGUCAUUUAUAGACCCGGAAAGUCCAAUAUUGCAGAUCCUUUAUCCAGAAUGUGCCAAAAUCCGAACAUUUGCCCUAAUAGCUACGAUGAGGAAAGCGAGCGAAUUGUAAGAUUGGUUUCUUCAGAUGCUUCUCCAGUAGCCGUAUCAACUGUUGAAAUAAUUGAAGCUUAUAAAAACGAUCUGGACUUGAUGGAUUUAAUCAAAUGGCUGCCUUACCCGCACAAACGUUGGCCAAAAAAACAUUAGCGAGAUAUAAACUGAUUGCAAACGAUUUAUCUACCGAUGGGGACCUAAUACUGAAAAAUCAGAAAAUCAUUAUUCCGAGAAGUCUGCAGAGGAAAGUUCUACAAUUGGCUCAUGAACCGCACCUUGGUAUCGACGCAAUGAAGAGGCGUUUAAGAGAGAAAGUCUGGUGGGUUCGUAUCGACACCAUGGUAGAAGAUUUCGUUAAGGAAUGCCAUGGAUGUAUGCUUGUUUCACAACCUUCUGUAGAACCUAUGACACGUAUUGAAAUGCCAUCCAAGCCAUGGAGGAAAAUUGCCAUUGAUUUUAUGGAAGUAUUGAAUGGAGUUCAUCUUCUGGUGGUAGUAGAUUAUCAUUCAAGGUUUCCAGAGAUUGAAAUUAUGACAUCGACAACGGCAAAUUUGACAAUCUUCAAAUUACGCACUAUUUUUUCAAGAUAUGGAUUCCCGGAAGAAAUAGUGUGUGAUAAUGGGCCACCAUUUCAAUCAGCAGAAUUUCAAAACUACUGCAAAUCCAAUGGCAUUCGUAUAAACCACUCAAUUCCUUACGCACCAUUCCAAAAUGGUUUGGUAGAGCGCCAAAAUAGGACUUUAUUGAAAACUAUCAGGAUUAGCGUGGCCAUGGGUAGAGAGUGGAAAAAGGAUCUAUACAAUUUUCUUCUGGCCUAUCGGAAUACUCCUCAUUCCAUUACUGGCAUACCGCCAGCUGUCCUUAUGUUUGGAAGGACAUUAAGAGACAAGCUGCCUGAAACAUCGAGUUUGCUAAAUAGUGGUAAAGUUGAGGUAACCAUUUGAAAAUCAUAUUUUUUUAAAUUUUUCUCUUAUGUAAUUUCUCACGAGAUUUUUUAUCACAGGUAGAAUUAUUCCGUGAUCAAAUGAAGAAGGAAAAAGGGAAACAAUAUGGUGAUUUGAAAAGAAAAGCUAAAUAUUCGGAAAUUGACAUUGGCGAUACGGUUCUAGUGAAGAAUCAGUUGAAGAAAAAUAAACUAACUACUAAUUUUAAUCCGCAGCCUCAUGUUGUUUUACAAAGAACUGGAACGAGGCUUACGGUUAAAGAUCUUAAAACUGGAGUAGAAAGUGACAGACAUGUUAACCAUGCUAAACGAAUCAUGUCAAGCAGUCCGUUCCAGAAUUCCGAAUCAGCUGUAACGGGAGACCUUUUUGAUCCAAACCAGUACGAAGCUUCCAGUGUUCCUGAACAGUGUAAUGAAGACACCCGAGAGAACUCCAGUGGACCGAUCAAGAAAUCAAGACGAGAACGACGCGUACCUGGUUACUUGAAGGAUUAUAAUAUUAAUAAAAUUGAUUGUUAAAUGGUUAUUUUUUAAAUGUUAAUACACUAACAUAAAAAUAUUUAAAAUAAAGAUAAGGAGGGAUGUAGUAGGCUAAGAAAGUUGUAUAAAUCAGAGUAGGCACCUAUGAUAUUAGGAAUCAAUAAAUGUCACUUUUAAGCCUGAGCUCCAAGAAGCAACAAGUGGUUUUAUCAUU